GGGCGCACUUUCAGGGAUCAUUUCCGGGUUUUCCUUCCUGGGCUGGGACACUGGGACAGCGCGAGGAGACACUGCUGCUGAAUAAUAUUUAAAGUUACACGCAGGCUUAUACAUAUCGCCAUGUCAGGAGAAAAGGGAAAGUUUCCAGAUGCAACCGGUUAUGUGGGUUUUGCCAAUCUUCCAAACCAAGUGCACCGCAAGUCUGUGAAAAAGGGGUUUGAGUUCACGCUCAUGGUUGUUGGGGAGUCUGGUUUGGGAAAAUCCACUCUUAUAAACAGUCUGUUCCUCACUGAUCUCUAUCCUGAGCGCUAUGUCCCUGGAGCUGCAGAGAAAAUUGAAAGGACGGUGCAGAUUGAAGCGUCCACUGUAGAGAUCGAGGAGCGAGGGGUGAAACUCCGCCUCACUGUCGUCGACACUCCGGGAUACGGCGACGCCAUCAACAGCCAAGACUGCUUCAAGACAAUUAUACAUUACAUUGACAACCAGUUUGAGCGUUACCUUCACGACGAGAGUGGCUUAAACAGAAGACACAUUGUGGAUAACCGGGUGCACUGCUGCUUUUACUUCAUAUCUCCUUUUGGACAUGGUUUAAAGCCUCUUGAUGUGGAGUUCAUGAAAGCUAUCCACAGUAAAGUCAACAUCGUCCCGGUCAUCGCGAAGGCUGACACCCUGACGCUGCGGGAGAGGGAUCGUCUGAAGCGAAGGAUCCUUGAUGAAAUUGCUGAACACGGCAUCAGAAUUUAUCAGCUGCCCGAUGCAGACUCGGAUGAAGACGAAGAGUUUAAGGAGCAAACCAGAGUCUUAAAGGCGAGCGUUCCUUUUGCAGUGAUUGGUUCAAAUCAGCUGAUUGAGGUAAAAGGGAAGAAGAUCAGAGGCCGCCUGUAUCCCUGGGGCGUUGUCGAGGUGGAGAAUCCUGAGCACAAUGACUUCCUUAAACUACGCACUAUGCUUGUGACCCACAUGCAAGACCUGCAGGAGGUAACCCAGGAUCUGCACUAUGAAAACUUCCGCUCAGAGAGACUGAAGAAGGCUGGCCGAGCUGUGGAUGAGGAGGUGCUGGAUAAAGAUCAGAUACUGUUACAGAAAGAGGCUGAGCUGCGUCGCAUGCAAGAGAUGAUUGCCCAGAUGCAGGCUCAGAUGAAGAUGAAAUCGGACGAGUAAAAGAAAUGACUGAAUCAUAAAAGCGAUCCACCACUGUCACAAACACAAACACACACUUCUGCACAAAUAUAAAGCUGGUGGUCCGUAUCCAUCCGCCUUCAAUCGUCUUCCAGAGCCUUAUCUAAAGCCCACCCAUGUGUUAGGUUACUGCCAUGUUUACAAUCACGUCAUCAGUUUAAUUCAUUCGUCGAAUCACGUGUUUUCUAUCAUUGAGUUGUAACAGCACAUAAUUUCUGUCUUAAAUAUUAACUCAUCAAAACAGUUUGUACAUUUUUGCAAUAAUAACGGUUACGUGUGUAAGUGUGUUAUAUUAAAAUGGACUUCUUUUUAAUAUAAGAUAAUGGGAGAAACAGCUGUGCCCAUGUUUUUAUACCACUAAAACUUUUAUAUCACUAAAAACUGCAUGUGAGGUCUUUGUGCCAAGCAAAGAAAUAACAAUUUAGUUCAGGCCAGUGGAUGUUAAUGUUGAAAAUGUACACUACUGGUGCCACACUGAAUAUAAGUAAUUUUUAUCAUUGUUUACAAGUUAAUUAUUUUGUGUCAGACAGCUGCUAAAGUCUGUCAGUUGCAUUAUGUCGUUGAUAUUGCCCUUGUAUUAUUUUCUACUAAUUAUUUCUAAUAUAUUGGUCUUAGCAGGGUGUUGUCAAGUAAUUUAGGUGUUGAUAUAUUUCAGAAAUAAAGUUUCACAGGAAUUCAAAAAUGU